CGUGUUUUGAGUUUGUGCGCCGGUAUGCUACACUGUGUAACAACACUCGCUUGGGGAUUGGGGUUUGAGUUUGCUUUAACCAGGAAUAAGGCAACGGUGAUUACAGUGGCAACGGUGAUUACAGUGAUGAUGCUCAGAGAGAAGGCUCUGGGACAAUGGAACAAACACAGUCAUAUAGUUUGGGUUUGUUCUAACCUAAGUUUCAUGUAAAUUUAACCAACUAUAUUAAUCAAGGACUCAUUUCUAGCGAAACUGCUUGGAGGUCCCCUCAACAUCUACGAAACAGAGCAAUGAGGAUAUCUUUGCGCAGCAUUUGUGCUGCAGCUUUAGUGCUUGCUACCCUUUGCCUGGUAGUCAUUUUGAACAAGGACAAUUCCUCCUAUGACGUCACUUCAGACAUCUCCCAAAGGCAGCUCCCCAGUGUACAGAAGCAAGACGUGACUCAUUCCCCCGAUGAUGACGUCCUGGACCCAGCCCUUGCUCAGAACCUGCCGCAGCCAGCCUGCGAUCGCAAUGACUCCAUGGUCAACGUGACUGGCUUUGCCUCGCUGCCGCAGCACAUUAAGAACUUCCUGUUCUACCGCCACUGCCGCCACUUCCCCAAAUUGCUGGACGUUCCAGACAAGUGCGGCGGGCCGCAGGGCUCGUCCAACGUCUUCCUGCUGCUGGUCAUCAAGAGUUCGCCGCCCAACUACGACCGGCGGGAGGUGCUGCGCAAGACGUGGGCGGAGGAGCGGCAGCACCGGGGCAGGUGGAUCCGCCGCAUCUUCAUCUCCGGUGUGUCGGACACGGGUUUUGAGCGGCAGCGGCUCAACAAGAUGCUGCAGCUGGAGAACCAGCAGUACAACGACGUGCUGCAGUGGGACUUCGAGGACACCUUCUUCAACCUCACCCUCAAGCAGGUGCUCUUCAUGGAGUGGAUGGAGCAACGCUGCCCCGGCGCCCACUUCAUGCUCAACGGCGACGAUGACAUCUUUGCCAACACCGACAACAUGGUGGAGUACCUGCGUGAUUUGCCUGACGACAACGACGGCAACAAGCACCUGUACGUGGGCCACCUGAUCCGGUGGGUGGGCCCCAUCCGCGAGAAGUGGAGCAAGUACUACGUGCCCGUGCAGGUGCAGGAGUCCGAGUCCUAUCCUCCGUACUGUGGAGGUGGGGGGUUCAUUCUCUCUGGCUACACACUGCGCAUUAUAUACCAGAUGUCCCACUCCAUCCCCCUGUUGCCCAUUGAUGAUGUCUACAUGGGCAUGUGUCUAGAGAAGGCAGGGCUGGAGCCGGUGUCUCAUUUUGGGGUCAGAACAGCGGGGCUCCCUGUGCCCUCGUCCAAGGUGGACCCCUAUCACCCCUGCUACUACCGGGAGAUUCUCCUGGUCCACAGAUUCUUGCCACACCAGAUAUACCUCAUGUGGAACCGGAUAAAUGAACCCAAUCUGAAAUGUGACGGUUCGCAGGUCUCGUGACUUUAGCCCAGAUUUUAUUUAUUUUAUCUCCAUUUUUCUCUUUGGGGGGACUUAAUAAUGUUUGAUUGAAUCAAAUGUUAAUCAGUAAUAAAUGUCUUGGACUAGGCUCAAGAUUAUGGAUGUCAAUUCUGAUUUGGACGAAUGUUAUGGACAGUAUGGCUGGAUGACAGAUUUUAUACACUGAAAAAUGAAAAUCAUUGGAGAGAAAUGUACCUGAUUUGUGCACUCAUUGUGGUCUCACUUUGUGUGGAAGCUGAAGUUAAUAAUUCUGUUAAUGUUAAUGAAGGAUUAAUCAGUUAAUGUUUGAUUGAGCUGUGAUUAUGAUCGGUUCCAUUCUAUGUGCAAUUUAAGAGUGAGAUGUUAAGUGUUUGGAGCAUGUUGGACAGGUUUAAUGUCAAUUAUACUCUGUCCAGAGAAUGGUGGAUAUGCCAACAUGACAAGUUUUGUCAUGACAUCUUAUUACAUUAAGGUAAUGGAUUGACAAUCAUCUGAAUCCCCAGGGGUUGAUCUUUUUAAAAAGGUCUGAUGUUCAGGGUGUGGUAAGACGGUGAUAAAGAAGUCAUUUUGCUGUUUUGGACAGACAAUGUGAAGAAAUGUUUUGCUAUUAAAAUGUAUAAUUGAUUGUUUCUCCAGUGGCCGGCUUUGAAAAGCCGGCAGUAAAAUAAAGCCCUACUCAAGAGUAAUAACCUCACUCUAUGUUA